AUGUCUCCUGGGUUGAAGUUGUUCGAUGAGCGCGGGAGAGCAUUCUGGAGAUUUACAAUUGAGGUUGAGAUGGUGAGGGAGGAACAGAAGGUGGAAUAUAUCGUCAGCUUUGGUAGCGAUAAGGUGUUGAAGAGAGCUUUUUGGAUCCCAGGAAAGGACGAUAGUAUGAGAGUUGUGUUCCAUUCUUGUAAUGGUUUCUCCGUCGGUACUGACGAGGCUGACUACUCGGGCCCUGCUCUCUGGAACGAUGUCCUUCGCGUCCAUUCCGAGCACCCAUUCCAUGUCUCAAUCGGUGGCGGAGAUCAAAUAUACAAUGAUGGAAUCCGAGUCACCGGCCCUCUCAAGGAUUGGGCUAGCCUCGCGAGUGCCUCCAAGAAACGGACCUAUCAAUGGAGCGAGCAGCUCGAGGCCGAUGUAGACGAAUGGUAUUUCAACAACUAUGUUGAUUGGUAUAGUACUGCACCUUAUUCACACGCAAACUCACAGAUACCGUCCGGUGUCGGAAAAACUGCGAGGAAAUAUUACAUGCUUUUUCAACACCACACACCACCAACGGGGGAAGAAAAAGAGGACCCGUGCUGGGUUAUCGGGAAAACUCCUGGGAGGUAUAUCGGGGACACUUCAAGGUCUGUGUAUGCCCGACUAGGUAAAAGAAUUGGGUUCGUUGGAGUCGAUACAAGGAGCGAAAGAACAAGACACAUGAUCAACGAGCUUGAAACUUACGACCUCCUCUUUGAACGUAUGCAUCGUGAGGUCGAAGAAGCAGCAGGUGAUAUUCGCCACAUGGUCAUCCUACUUGGUGUACCAAUCGCCUAUCCGCGGCUUGUUUGGCUUGAGAACAUCCUUCAAUCUCCUCUCUUCGGAUUCAUACGUUUCCUCAACAAGCGGUUUGGCGUAGCUAGGGCCAUUUUCAACAAGUUUGAUGGACAAGUUGAUAUCCUUGAUGACUUGGACGAUCAUUACUGCGCAAAACCACACAAGGAAGAACGUAACGCAUUCUUGCUACGACUACAGCAAUUUUCAUUGGAGAAGCAAGUGAGGAUAAUGAGCGGAGAUGUCCAUUUGGCAGCAAUUGGAAGGUUUUAUUCGAAGCCGGAACUAAAUAUACCAACAGCCAGCGACCAUAGGUACAUGGUGAAUGUCAUUUCUAGCGCUAUUACGAAUAAGCCACCACCAGAAGCGGUCAGCAAUAUUUUGGCCAGAAGAAACAAGAUCCAUCACCUGGAUGGCUCCACCGAUGAGCAGCUCAUCGACUUCUUUAACAAGGAUGUUUAUGGAAAGCCUCGCCAGAGGAACAUGAACACAAUGCCAUCCAGAAAUUAUUCUGUAAUCACAGAAUCUCCAAUCGUCUCAUCCGGCACCCCUAACAUUGAUGCCCAUCCCAAAACCGAGGUGGGCGAGAAGCCAAAAAGGAAGAAAACAAACACCAUAGGAGCUGGUGAGCAUGGAGCGGGUGCGGAACAUCCAGCAGCAACCGCAGAGAAGGUUGUAGAGACCAUUCCAGGUGCAUUGAAUGUUGCCAUAAGGGUUGAGAUAGACCAACAUCAACCUGACGGAAAAACCUUCAAGUAUGGAUUUACUAGUAAGCUAUCCAUCCCUUCAAUGCCUACCUAA